CUCCCCCCGCCGCCGACGCCUCCCUCCCCCGUCCCCCCCUCGACCGUUCCCCUCCCACACCGCCGGCCGCGUCGCCCCUCCCCUCCGCCUCCGCCGCUGCCGCCGCCGCCUCCCUGCGGCCCCAGUUUCCGUUUCCCAAGCGAGUGUCCCAAGCCGCGUUGAGGGAGCGGGCGGCGCUCCCCCCGUCGCCCGGCGCGUGGCAUCCCGCCCGGCCGCCCGCCCGGAUCCGGCCGGGGCCUCCCACCGCGGGGGACGGAGCGCGUCCUCCGCCGCCGCCGCCGCCGCCGCCAUUUCCGGUGGUCGACUUCGCCCUGACCGAGGGAGACGGUCUCGUCCCUCUCUUGUCUGCUGCAGCUUCCUAGCUCCUGGGCUGCCUCCCCCCGCGGCUUCUCGGGCGCCGCGAUGUCGGAGGGCAGGGGAGGUAACGGCGCGCGAGUGAUGGUCCGGGAGGCGGCCUGCAACGCCAUCGCGGGCGGUUCGGCUGGUGUGAUCUCCGCAACGGUGCUGUGCCCGCUGGACGUGAUCAAGACGCGGCUGCAGGUGUACGGCCUCCCUUCCAACCUCUCUAGCACGGCGCCACCUGGUAGGGUAAUAAUUUCAGGUUUUCAGCACAUAUUAAAAAAUGAAGGCCUGCCUGGGUUGUAUCGUGGCCUUUCACCAACGAUAGUAGCAUUGUUUCCAACAUGGGCUGUUACGUUUUCAGUUUAUAAUCACUUGAAGGGUCUUCUUCAUUCUCAAGGUGAUAACACUGGCGAAUUGUCUGUCCAAGCAAAUAUUCUAGCUGCUUCAUGUGCCGGGAUUGCAACAGCUGUUGCAACUAAUCCAUUGUGGGUUGUGAAGACUAGGCUACAAACACAAGGGAUGAGGACAGGUGUGGUACCUUACACAAGCAUUUGGUCUGCUUUACGGCGGAUUGCAGAAGAAGAAGGUAUCCGUGGAUUGUAUAGUGGUCUUCUUCCUUCUCUAGCUGGGGUUACUCAUGUGGCCAUCCAGCUCCCAGUCUACGAGAAUGUGAAGCUUUACUUUGCUAAAAGAGACAACACUACAGUCGAUAAGCUCAGCCCAGGAAAAUUAGCUAUUUGUUCAUCAGGAUCUAAAGUAGCGGCCUCAAUAAUAACAUACCCCCAUGAGGUUGUACGAUCUAAAUUGCAAGAACAAGGUCGUGCUCGUCAUGGUGCUGUGCACUACACCGGUGUAAUCGACUGUAUCAAGCAAGUGUAUCAGAAGGAGGGAAUUCCCGGCUUCUACAGAGGUUGUGCUACGAAUUUGCUAAGGACAACCCCGAAUGCUGUCAUUACGUUCACCAGUUAUGAGAUGAUUAAUCGACUCAUGCACCAGUUGCUGCCUCACUAAGCAAAAGCUUAAAAACCAGCAUAUCUCCACUGAGCUUGUAAUGCUGGCUGAGACUAUCUUCGACAUAGCUUGGGUGUAAUGGUUGGUGAUCAUGGUUGCAUUGCCAUUUGCCCAUUAUUGAAGAGAAGGCGGCUGUUAAGCACAGAUUUUGGUGAAAGAGAUCGGCAUACGCAGAAAUUUAUGUUUUGGUGCGAGGUUAAAAUAUUUCCCUUGUUUCAUGUGUUCUAAAUUGUUGAUAGGAGCCAAUUGUUGCCUCCUUAUAUGCUGACCUGCUAAUUGUCUCAUUUGUUUCGAUUUAAACCUUUCUGAAGAAUACUGACCGGCUGUUAUAGCUGACCAAUGACCAUAUAUUGUCAGAUGCGCCUAGAGUUUUACAAGAAACAAGGCCUAGCCAUCGGGAUCGGAUACAAUGUUUUGUAUAUCCCUUUGUUAUGUAUUCCCAGUGUUACCGUUGACUAUAUUAUUCAACCAGCUAAUUGCUCGUUUGUUGC